AUGGUGCUACGAAUGGCAACACUCACUGACGAUGCCGACUACGAUAACGGCGAAACGUCUGGGAAUGUACCACGUCCAUGGUUCUACUCUGGAAAUGAUGAUGCAUACAAUGAACUGCGGACAAGGUGA